AGCUUUACCACAAGAGGAUCCUGUCAUUACAGGAGUGGAGAUGCAGUACCAGAUAGGUGAUGAGAUAAAUUUGAAUUGUACAUCAGGAAAAAGUCAUCCUGCACCAAUGCUAUAUUGGUACAUCAACGAACAACAGAUUCAGUCCCAGGACGCCUUGAUUCACUACCCUCCAGAGCAUCAUCACCACGGAUUGACUUCCUCUACUUUGGGGUUGCGAUUCGUGCUGAGCAGUCACCAUUUCAGAGGUGGCUCGAUGAGAGUCAAAUGCGUAGCCUCUAUUGCACCUACGCUGUACAGGGGUGACAAGGAGAGUGUGCUGCAGACACACAGUAUGCCCAUCAAGGAUAUGAGGGAAGCACUUCUACUAGUAAGAGGCACGACGUCGAAACCAGGUCAUUUGGGAAUCUACCUUCUUCUUAUGGCAGCUGGUGUAAUAUUAUUUUUUAAUGCGUAAUGAUCUGUAUAGAAUUCGCACUUGACUUUAUUCUAUAGAAUUAACCCCAAUCAACCAGUGCCUGCAAGUGAGUACACAUUCCAUGCGUUGCUUACAGGGUUUGUAUAUGCCUACACUUCCCAUACACAUUUCUUUCAUGUAUGAAACUAUAAAUAUGGUUACAUAUCUUCACGCAUAUGGUGUAAGUAUAAGCGCGAGCUUCUGCGACGGAUAUUGGUUCAACUGCAGGCAAUAAAAUUUCGGAUAUCGGACACCUCGGUGCUUGAAGCAUAGCUGUGCCGGCAACCUUUGUUUAGUCAAAGCUCGGUUUAAAACUUUUUGUAGAUCAAAGUGAGCACUACGUCCUGCUUUGAACUGGAGUAGAAUCGAAUAAGUAGAGGUACAAAAACGACUAAAAAUGUAGAUCAUAAUUUUAUUAUCUUAUGUCUGUGCAUUGCCAUCUCCAUUCUCCUUUGUGGAGAAUGAACAUGCGAGCAGUGUAACCAUCCUCCUAACUUGGCCACUCUUGUCGCGUAUGAUAACGCGGACAUGAAUCUCACAAAAAUGGGACAGUGAAUUCAUCAUUCAUCACCGAGAAACGUCAACAUGACAUGGCACUCGGCAACUAGGAGCAGGCAAUAAUGAAGAAUCUUCUUGAGGCUAUUGAAACUGUUACAAUGAUCCAUAUCACUUCGCGCUCCUGGAUCCUAGAGACAAAAGUGUGUGCUACGCGACCUAAGAUAUUCAGCUUAAUCUGUAAGCCAGGUACAAUAUGGCAAGGACGUGAAGUUGAUCUUGCCAUCUUCACGUACUGCUGAAUUGGCCCCCCUGGAAGCCGAUUUGUCACGAAACUUGUCAAGUGAGUGCCCUAAAUCUCAAGCAGCAUAGAUUCACUAGUCAUGCACCUUUCAUACACCACCUGAGGUAGCUGUUAUCUUAGGGCCACCUUCGAUUAAGUAAUAGAUACGAACUAUUGAUGACAUAAAGCGGAGCUAUAUACGUUAGUUUGCUCUAGAUCCUAAGUCACAUCAACCAGGAUAAUAUACACUGUCUAUGACCGAAUCCACAAUCGAAAAAGCGUCCGAAUUUGAGGCUGACGUGGUGGAUUCCCACCAUUGUUAAAACGUAUAGGGUUACCUCUCAGAACCUGUUUUCAGUUAAUUGUGAAUCUGUGUACACGUUCACAACAUGCUGAUUCGCGGUUCAUCUUUUGAAACGCAAAGGUGUAAGAAAAGGGACACAACGUGGGGCCCCGACGUCAGAUACGUCGUUCUGUCCAUGUGAUCUUUAAAGCAUCGUAUGGAGGAAGCACUACCGUAGAACUUUUAACCACUAUUAUCGAUAAAUCCGUAACAUAUACAGGUAUAAUUAAUAUCAAACAUAAAUAUUUUACCGCUAUCAUUGUCACAAUAUGGUGCGCACUAUCUCGUGACUUAAGAGUAUCAAAUAUUUUUAUAUGAUAGAACCAGUAUUAUUUUGUCUAAACGAGAAGAUAAAUUGAACGUUUUCAAUUCUAACAAGAUAGACCUUAUACUCUGAGAGUUGCCAACAUAGGACCUGUUGACCUUCGAAAUGUGGGGUAUGAGAAAUAAACCUCUGAAAUUAUAAUUAUUCUGUUAUUGUUCAUAGAGACAGUUUGCAUAAUCUUGAUGUACUUUAAUAUCUUUUGACUGAGAACGAAUGAUACAAGCUUAAUCCUUUUUAUGUAAUUCAUGCUGCUCGAUUUAUAUUUAUUACUUAUCUAUAUGCCAUUUUUGAUCGAGCGAGCUCAAUCUCUCCACUACUCUCUGAGGAAAUGUUUAUGAAUUUUGAGAACUAGCGAACGUAAUUCAACUUAUCGAUUAUUUAUAACUUAUUUCCUACAAAUAUUCAUUAAGUACGUAUGAAGGAGUUUAUUUAUAAUAAUUGAAGACACAAGUGGAUAAAGGUGUCAUGGAACAUUUUUUUAAAUUGCUUUUUUGCAUUAAACUGGAGUAAUUAUUCCAUUCUAUGAAUUUUUUGUUGCAAGACAAGGUAAUAACAAACUAAAUAUUUAAAAUCUCAAUAAAGUAAAUAAAAAAUGUUUCUCCAUACAAUGAUUUUGUUUCAUGACAACAAUAUGUAAAUUGUAUGUCACCAUGGUCACCCAUUGAUAGUAAUUUUUAUUUCUCAAUCGAGUGGGGUUCUAAAAAACUGUAAGCAAUUCAUUAAGAUCUUUAUGCAGUACCUGGAUCAAGGAGGAGUUUUUAUAUGCAAGCUUAAUAAAUAGUAGUCAAAUCUAAAUAUACAUGAAAGAGGUCAGUGUACCUUUGUCGAAACAUCCCAUACUGAACUUUCAAGCAGAAAGAAAAGAGUAAAAUGAGAAGCGUGACUGGGCAUUAAAUUGUCAAGUGAUGUCUCGACAGUAGAUGUGGGCGGUGCUAAGUAUGACCUUAUAUUUAAGAUGAAAGAUACAUGUAUGGCAAUUAAAGAAAAUGAUGUGUGGAAAAUGAUAUCUUGCAAAUGACCGCCCCGUGAUAACUUGCAGAUAGUCAAUAUUUUGUUAAAAUUCUCGAUGACACCUUCACAUAAUUGCGGCUCUAUCUCAGCGAUUACACGGGUUAUUUCCUCUUUCAAUGCUUCAAUCGUCUGAGGAUUGUUCCUGUCACUACUUUACUUUUAACAUAGCUCCAAGGGAAGAAGUCCAACGGAGUCAAAUCGCACGAACGAGCUAGCCAGUUGACAGGUCCAUUUCUGGAGAUAACUUCAGCAUUAAAUUUCUACUCCAAUAACUGGAUUUGGUCUCGUGAUGUGCGACAAGUUGCUUUAUUCUGUUGAAACCAAAUGUCUCGGGCAUCAGCUUUGUUCAUUUUAGGCCUCAAAAAAUGUUGUAACAUUUGUCGAAGAAGUAAGGGCCAAUCACUCCACCACUCCAAAGACAACACCAACAGUGACUUUUGGUGGGUAUAAAUCUUGUUCAACAACCACCCUUGGAUUUUCCUCACCCCAGAUCCUACAAUUUCAUUUGUUUACGUACCCAUUAAGUUGGGAAUGUGCUUCGUCGCUAAAGACGUUUUUUGCGAAAAGUCCUUCUUCCUAUUGCUCAAUGAAAUUAACGAAUUCACGAUGUUUUGCUUGGUCGGUGUACUUCAAUUCUUGUGUCAAUUGGAUCUUAAGUACUUUCACCGCCAAAUCCUUGUGUAACAUACGCCAAACAGUGAUUUGUGGAAUAUGCACCUGUUGUGAACGCCGUGAAAUCGACAUUCUUGAGUCAUCUUGAACACUCACGAACUGCAGCAAUAUACUCUUGUGAGCGGCCUGGUCGUGGACGAAUCGGUGUUUUUAUGUCUAAAACUGAACCAGUCUCUUCAAAUUUCCUCACUAUUCUCGAUAUUGUUGAGUCAUUUGGACGAUUAUGCCAUUGAUAAAACUCACGCAAUUUACGGAAAACAUUUUUAUUUGAACAUCCAUUUUCAUAAUAAAGUUGAAUUAUAUGCACACGUUGUUCCACGCUGUACGUAACCAUUUUAUAAAUUGCCAACUAUAGUAGUUUACUCAUGUCAAUGAAUCAUGACAUUUCUACUGUCUGUCGUAACCUAGACAGCCUCACAAAAAAUUGCGCCCAUAGUGGAAAACCCACUAUUAGUAGAGAUACUUGUCCAUCUCCAGUUAGCUCCACAAAUGUGUAUGGUUAUCAUUUGCAUUUGAGAUCAUGGUUUUUGGAAUGCCAUUUUGAUUAAACAAUACGAGCUUGCAUAGCUGUAAAUAUAGAGUAUGUAUGCAUGCGAUGUACUCAGACCCUGUACGCAAUACAUGAUACAACAUUUUCGAAUAACAUUUCUGGUGCAGUUACUGAAAUAGAUAUACCAAUUACUAAUAGUAUACUAUGUGAGACAGUUAUUUAAGAAAAAACUUAUUGACGGUUUGUUGCAGCAAUUCAGGUAAGCUACAUGCUUAGAUAAGAGAUAAAUACGUAGACGCAGCAGAUUUGAGGGAGAUACCAUUUGCAAUACAAUACAAUCAAUCCAAGGCAUUUUCUACUUUUCAGCUGUCUGUGCAAGCCGCUAUAAAAAAGCAACAGUACGGUGGAAAUCUCUAUGGGUAUAUAUCAUAUGAAAGCAUCCACCCCACGAGUUGAAUCAAGUACUGUUUUCAACGGUCAAGUAGUCAAUUUCACAAACAGAAGGUUUUCGAACAACUGCGUUAAUAAAACUAAAGGGAAGUGUUUCCUUUUUUUGGACUGAUGUGUCUCUACAGUCACGAAAUACUGUGUUGUUCGAAACAGAACAAAUGCUGCUUCACGAAGAAUUGUUUAGCUUAGUCUGCUGGAUGUCAUCCAAAUGGACCGCUUUCCUUUCAGGUUGAUUGACCUAAAGUCACAGACAUGUGUACAGGUUUUGCCGAGUUGUUAGCAGACUCAAUCGAUAGCUAUUGAUAUUUAGCACCUGAGCUAAGCCAUAGUUCACGCAGCGAUAGCGCGUAGCAGCUUGGUGUCACUGGACGUAACGAACUUCUCCCACAAAUUUUCUGCGUUGUACUUAUCACUCAAUUCGUUUCCAUCGUUUUCCUUACUCUCAACAGGUUAUGUUUCAUGUAUACAGUCUUAAAUACUAAAUAUUUUGAAUUGCAUAUAGUUAUUCUCCAAUGUAUGCAGCGCCUCUGGACUGCAACAAAAUGUGUGUACCCUUAUUUGUGUAGAACUGCUUGCCAAAAGUAGUAUUAGAUAAAGGUGAAAACGCAAAAAAACAAUUUCAAUCAAUCUUAAGUAAACACCUGAGUUUCGUUAUAUUAGCUUGUGAAGGUAGAUAAUGUGUUGGUACCUUAAUACCGAUAGUUUCACUUAAGAUUCGUCCUUAUUUCAAACCUCAUAAUCUUAUUUUCCUGUGCUUGUUGUACUAAUUUUUUUUUCGAUAAGCCCUGUUAUUAAUACCAUCAUCCUGGUACCCACAGAAAAAUGAGGUUCAGUUACAGUACGAUCUUGUUUUUCUUCGGGACCUUUGGAUGUCAUGUGAGAACAUCAAGGUGUAAAAUCAGGGUUUUGUUUCAAUUAUUUGUCCUUCAUUUGAAUUAAUUGAUGAUUUGUGAAGGUCUUGGAAUUUGGCGGGCAGUAUAUGCUGGUAAAUAUUGAAUCUGUUAUUAAAAGUUAUCACGCAAAAUACGAGUAGGAAUAUUACAUAGAAUGUAAAGCGGUUAUAUUGCUCACAUGCAGGUCAAACCACAACUGUGAUAAAAAUCUUUUUGUAACGUAAAAGGAAACUUCGUUUUAUAUUUAAACAGCGCUGUAAAAACGCUUGGUAAAUUGAAACUACCUUUUAAAGAAUUUAAACGUCUCCUGCCAGCAAUAUAAAUAGAGUAGGAAAUAUUACCAAAGGUAAACUCGUCCAUUUGCAGAAUUAACAAUUGUUUUGACGCAAGGUUGCUUUUGAAGCACGAAGCUCUGCGCUCUGCUUUCUGUCUGUCAUUUUAAUGUUUACACGUCAACGGUUGGAAAGCAAAUCUCCGUAUUGGAGGUGUAGCGACGACUGAGAUAGAAAUAGAGCGUGGCAGUCAUCUCAUUGUUGGCUUGUCAAUUCUAAGACAAUAGUCAAAGGCGGCGCUCUUUUUGCACUGCAUAUUUUUAUCCAGUAUUAUUCAAAGUUAUUUAAGAAUAACCUAUUUCUGUUGACGCUUCAGGAAGAUGCAGCGCUGAAACGAAACGGUAUUUUGAAAAUCGUUAGAGGAUGUACAAGUCUAAGAGUAUUCAAAAAAACACCCGUUGCUUUGGGCACACCCUGUAUUAGUUGACCUUGUCAUAAACAAAGGACAAUUUUUUGUCUGGCUUGGAUUUUUUUUUUGUAUAUUCCAACUACCACGAAGGCCUAAGGCCUAAACACCUAUGGGGUACCGUGGGGCUAUAGAGGGAUACAGGGGAGGGGGGAAUGCCACACGGACACUGGCGAGGGAACACGUGUGCAUGCAACGUGCACACAUUCUGGCCCCGCCUACGAGAUCCGCCGGGUGGUACCUCCGCGUUCGACAGUCAGAGACCGUCUACCACCUACGGACAAUGGAUUCAUUUUUCUCCAAUUGCUAGAAAUUCAAGAGCCAUGAAGUUGUACUUCAAGUAUUUACAGAAGAUUGCCUUCCUCUUAGAUUUAUAUUAAUAUGGUUGUACCAUUUUUUCUGCAGCACGUGCUACAUCCUAUGUAUACAGGGUGACUUCGAAGUUGAGUCAUUUAUUUUAACAGUGAGUAGAUCUG